UUUUUUUUUUUAUCUUAUCGCAGCGGUCAACAGUAUUGUUAUUGUUGCUGCUUCUGCUAUUAACGUAAUCGCGUAUUGGUGUAAUUGCCCUUUUGUAACGCUGUCUAAUUGUUAUUUGUACAAUCAAUACCGUUUCUAUUGAGAUUAUUGUAUUAUAUUUUUAACGUGUAAAGUAUAAAUAUUAUACUACGUUUUUUUUUAAUUACUAUUAUCCAAUAACAUAACCUAAACAAAAACAAUGGACAGUAAUGCAAAAAGCGAAGAGACAAUUUCAUUAGAAGUGGACACAGUUUCACCCCCAACAGUAACUAGUGUUCCCGAAAAUAAUGAAAAUGCUCAAAAUAAUGUGUCAUCCGUGGAAAGCAUACCCAUACCUUUGGAUGUCAGCCAUGAACCUGUGGUAGACGAGAAGGUUGAAGUUGCAGUUUCAGUUGCUGAAGUUGUAAAUGAUAUUAGUGAUAAUUGUAACUCUGCGCCUGUUGAAGAUGACAAGUUAAACAAAGCCAUGGCAUCUACUACUUUAGCUGAUGUUAAACAAAAUCCUAGUGAAGCAAUUUCUGAUGAGCAGGUAUCAGAUUUAAUUGAAAAAGAAAAUACCAAGGAAAAUACUUUUGUUGAUAAUAUGAGUAUAAAACCAGUUGUAUCUGAAGAAAAAACAUCGGAGCCCAAUGAAACAUCUGAUGUUGAAUUUAAAGAUGCACUAGAAUCUAUCGAUAAUGAAGAUGAUGAAGUUGAAAGAGAACAGCAAUGUGAUAUAAACAAACAAGAAUGUUUACCUGAUGGAGAGAGUAGUGGUGAAGAUGAAAUAGUCGAUGAAGAAGAAUUAGGUGAUGACGGAGACGCUGAGCCUGACACGUCUGCACCUGAAAUACCAGUUCCUGUUGACAAUGAUACUAAUGAUCCACAAUACAUACCUAGACGUGGACGAUUUUAUGAGCAUGAUGAUCGUAUGGCUUAUAGUACAACAAGUUCUGAAGGAUCAGAAUCAGAAGAUGGGCAUGAAAAAGAAUCAGGAGACGAAAAUGAAGGUUCUGUUAGUCAUCAACGUAACAAAAAAGAACGUACUGAUAGUCAAAAUCAAAAGUCAACCACUAAAUCUGUUAAUAUUGCCGAAAACAAUGCAACAGUAGUUAUAGAUAGUACACCAUCUACUAAGAAAGUCUUAGCUAUAUCAAAGGCUGCAUCUGUAUUAAAAGACUCUUCAGAUAAUGCAACUGCUAGUGAUGGAUCUGCAAAGAAACCUAGUGGAGGUUUUAGAAAAUCUCGUAACAUCGACUCAUUAGAUAAAUGGUCACAUGAUAUGUAUGAUGAACGUGAGCAGACUCCCAAAAGUCGAGAUGAGUUAUUGGUCUCAUAUGGGUAUGAUAUACGAGAAGAAUCUGAAGCACCUCGAGCCCGACGCCAUCAUAAAUAUGGGCGAUCUGCUACAGCCAAAUAUACUCGUAACUGGCAAGACACAAAAGCAUACAUAGGCACUGGUGGGCCACAGUCAUCUAAAGUGAAACGAGGAGGUGUAGCACAACGCCUUGUUGGUGGUCCUUACAAGAACAAAAAUAAGUCUUCAACUUCUAAUGAGUACACAUCUGAAUUUCCUACUUUAGAUGGUAAAAAGACUAUUGAGUCUUCUACUACUACUGUUGCGGUUACUGAGCCAUCAGUUGUGACAAAAGAUUUAAAUCAGCAUCAUAAUCAACAGCCAAAAUCUCUUUCUCAAGAAAAAAAGACUGUUAUGUCGGUCUCAAAAACUAAUCCUACUCGUAAUCACUUUACUCGUACUCCCAUUAAAAAUGUCACUUCUGGAAAUCACAGUAAUCACCAAGACCAGAAAAAUGGAGGACCAUCUCAAUCAUCAUUCCACAAUAAAAACCAUUUUAAUCGAUCUUCAUCAAAUUCUCCUGCUAACAAAGAAAAAAUCACUUCACAAGUCAAUCGCGACAAUUCUUCAACUGCAGUCAAUCCUAAUUUAUUUAUCCGUAAACCUCAACAAAAUCAACCAAAUAAUUUCAAGCAGCAACACUUUAAUAGUCAAGGCCAUAACCAGCAUCAUUCGUCUUCUGCUCCUCGAGGCCGUAACUUCCAUCAACACAAUAAUACUAAUCAGCAAUACAAUCAUGAUAGAUAUUUUGCUAAGGGAUCAGGACCUCCUUUAUCGUCCAAUUCAAACUAUGAUCAACAACAUAAUUCUGUAGGACCUACUUCUGCAGGCACAGGACGUACACGUCAUAGUGGUGGAAAUUAUAAUCAGUACAAUAAUCGUCAAUAUGAUAAUGAAAAUGAUCAAAAUGAACAACUAUCACAACCAGUGGUUCGCAGUUCUAAGCGGUAUUCGGUACAAAGUCGUAGAGAACUGCCUGAUCCAGUAUUGAACUUUAAUGCUAUGUCUAAGACAUCUCAAUCUCAACAAUCUUCAGUUUCUCAGCAUCAGCAACAACAAAAUGGAUUGGUUAUGCAAGACCAACAGCAGACAAUACAACAAUUACAGUCUCAGCAGCAACCACCCAUUCAAAUUCACCAACAACAACCACCAACUAUGCAAAUUCAACAAUUUCAUCAACCUAUACAACAAAUACAUCCACAUCAUGGUAUGGUACUUGAUCACAACACUGGUAUGAUGGUUAUGGCUACUGCUGAUCCAUCAAUGUACCAUCAACUAUAUGCUGCACCUCAGUAUGCUACUGCAGUUACACCAGGUCCUGCUGCUGUUACGGAUGAUCAAAAUGCAGCUGCAGUAGCUGCAGCAGCUCUUCAGAUGCUCGCAGCCCAAGCAGCUGUUUAUCAGCCUGUACCAACUGGUGCUACUGGUGUAACACCGCCAACAACUGGUACACAAUCUAUGCAACAACAACAACAACCAGAAACAUUCAUGACUACUUACUACCAACCUCAGCAACAGCCACAACAACAACCUCCUCCAAGACGUGUCAAUUUAGCUAUACCAAUUGUAGCACCACCUCCUGAACAAGGUGCUUCGAAAACACCACCUCCUACAGCAGCAUAGAUGAAUGAAUUUAAUUGAUUCAUAUAACUAACUAAUUAUACAAUAACUAUUUACAAUUUAAUAUUGAUACUGUAUUCUGUUUAUUUUAUUCAUAAUAUUUUUUUGAUGUUUUCGAUUUUAAUAUUAUAAUUAUAAUUGAAAAUUAUUUUAUUAAUGAUGCUUUAUGACAAGGAUUUUAACUUGAUUAAAUACUAUUAGCAUGAAUGGUUAUUAAUGUGUCCAUAGUACAUUUCAAUAUUAUUAUUUUUUAUUUUUUUCCUUUGUAUUUGUUUUAAUAAUUUACUAUUUGCAUGCAUUAUUAUUGCAGUACAUUACGAUAUAUAAUUUUUAAUUUUUAACUGUUCUUAUUUUGUGUUUGUUUUCUAUUGUAGUAUCAAUAACAACAAUGAAUUAAAAUAUGAUAAAUUACUGAAGUUAA